UCGAACGAAAACCAGAGACAAGACAAAAGCAAACAAACAGAUCUAAGAAAUUAAAGUGCAGUCAAUUCGUAUCUUUAUUGUGCAGUCAAUUCGUAUCUUAGAGCAUGGCAUGCUCAAUUGCUCUUCCCUCAUUAUCUCAAAAAUAUAUCCUCACAAGUAAGAUAGUAUCAUUUUAAAAUUUAUUAAAAGUUCAAAUAUCAUAAAGUAUAAUUCAAAAACAUAAAAAUAUUUUUUUUUUAUUUAAAUAGUUAUUUAUUAUAUAUAUAGAAAAUAAUAGUAUAAAACGGCAGUGCAACGCUCGACGGUGAAAAACCGUGGCGAUUCCAUUAAAAUCGAACAAAAAAUCGGAUUCGUAGAAAAAGUUCGUGUUUUUGGGUUUUAAACGCUUGAAAAUUGAAGUUACGUAACAAAUCUAUACUUUUUAUGCAUAAAUAAUAAGAAAUCCGCAAAGAAAGCAAUGUAUUAUGUUAAAAGGGUGAGGCGGUCAUUAAAAAAUCAGAAAAGAAUUGAAAUCCCUAGAAAAAAGAAUACAACUUAAUUACAAUUUUUCAUUAAUAAAAGAAAAAAAAAACAGAUAAAUAUUUAGGAUACACAUUUCUACAAAAAAUUAAGAUAAAUACUAAAAACUAAUUCCGAUUAAUCCCCAGUUAAUCUCAGAUUUUCUAUUAACUCGCUAGGGCCAACCGACUUACGGCUAGCGUAGUUUCAAACAUGGGUGUUAACAUUACGAUCACAUUAAUAAUAGUCAAAUAUAUUAUCAUAUUAUAUCGUAAUUAAAAACUCUAAUUAUCAUGUUAUGUUUUCUUUCAAUUGGUAGGCAUAUUAUUUCAACCAGAAGAAUAGAUUUAUUAUUUGUUUAGUAUUUAAACAAAAGAAUUAUCAUAUCAAAAUUUUCUUAUAAACGUAAUAUUUUCUUUAAUGGCAUGCUAUAUUUUUAAAAGUUGUAAUGUGGCUUUCUAGCAUAUCCAGGUAAAGGUCAACCUUCAUUAAGAAAAUAUGUUUGAUUGUAAAAAGAUAAGAAUAUCCAUUUAAAUUCUUCAAAGAGGUUAAAAAUAAUUUUUACCCCUUAUUUCCCCCUAUUAGAUGUUACUAGGAGUUUAGUUUGUUGUUUUAUGAUUUGAUAUUUCAACUUUUAGCAUUAUUAUCCAUAUUGUUUGUUUAUCUGAAGGACAUAAUAGAAAAGUCUUAGUACUAUAAUUAAUUUUAUAUUAAACUAUACAAUAUGCAUAUUAGAGAUGAUACAACAAGUACUUUGAAAUUAGACAAACUAGUGUGAAAAUGUAAACUAUACCACAUUUUUUCCUAAUCUUUUUCCAAAUAUAUAGGUAUUUAUUGAGUGAAUAUGGUUUAUAUAAGACAAAGUAAAAAUAUACAGUUGAUAUGUAAGUACAUAAUUAUGAUCUUGGUGAAUGGAUAAUUUUUUUGUAACUGGUGAAUGACUACUUUAACUUUCAUCAGAUAAAUUUUACUGCAGAUAAAUCAUCUACAUCUCGACAAUUCUUAUAUAAUACUUGUAAUAUAAAUAGACUAUUUUGUGAUACUUUUGGUAGGAAUAAUUCAACUGAUAAAUAAAAUCAUGCAACAAGUAUGUAGAAUUAAACAUAUUAUGUGUGGAUAACACUUUGUUGGUUCAUGUGCAAAUUGGUUGUUUAAUUUACUUUUCUCUUGCAUAAGUUUUAUGAAUUUCAUUUUUCACACAAAAACUUAUCUAUCCAUGAUUGACUUUUGAGAUUGUAUAUAACAUGUCUUUGUGGUACUUUUGGAUAAAAACUUAUCUAUCCAUGAUUGACUUUUGAGAUUGUAUAUAACAUGUCUUUGUGGUACUUUUGGAUAUUUUUUCUUUUUCUAAAUAACUUGAAAUUAUUAUAUUUGUGAUAUUUUAAAUUUAUGGUUUUACUUUGUGUAAUGAUCUAUACAUGUCUUUUGAAAAUUCGAAAGAUUAGAAAGUUUUUCUUUCAGCUUUAUUAAAAUUAUUUGGUACAAUUAUAAAAUUUACAACUGAUUCAAAGCAUUUCAACUCUAAAAUUAUAUAAAAUUUACUCAUGGUAUGUAAGAAACACUAUGUUACUUGUGGCGAUUGUAUGGCGAUUUCUUGGCGGUUUCUAAUGAGACUUGGGUGGUUCUGGUCGCCAAUUUUUCACCCAAUUACUUGUUUGUUCCUUAGUUUUACUUCAUUUAUGAAUCCAUUGACAAUAUCUAUGAUGUUUGUUUCAGUAAUCUUGUUAUCGUUUUGGGAAACAUAUAAACAAUGAUUUUAUUCGAUAUGGUACUCUCGUCGUUUCCUCUUCCCGGUGGUGACUGUAAAUAUAUUCAUGCGUAUUAUAAUUGGUUUCUAUUCGGAGAAGAUGAUAAUAACAUGGGAUGGUGUGUUUGAUGUAUCUUCCUUCGUAAGAGUUUAUCUCUGGUGAGUUAGCCUCAAUUAAUAAAGUCUACUUCCGUCGAUGUUUGUCUGUGCCUUUAAUGGCCCAACGAUUUUGUUCCAGGGAUUCAAUGCUUCUGAAAGAGAUUACCACCACGAAAAACACCUUGUUAGAGUUAUAUAAAGAAAGGAUAAUCAAACCGAAAUACAAUCUAUACCAUCAUAUAGAUGGGAUUCACAGAAGAUUAUACGGUCAAGGUGUCGGUGUCGCAAGGAAGAUUUUACAGAAUCUAUAUUCAUCAAAUGUAAAAUAUCCAUGUCAUAUUUACCUUCAAGUCAUCAUUCGAUAUCAUAGCAUGUCAUCAUUUUUCUUUCAAAAUCAUUAUGGUGAUGACACAUGGCAAAUCAAUUCUCAAAUAAUGUCUAGGGAACAAUAGCUUUUCUAUUAUUAACAAUCUAACAUGGUUUUAAGAAGGUUUAUAAUAAAAAAAUAUCUUGAUUCCCUAAAUUUUUAUUUAAUAGUUUCAAUAAUAAUAUAAACCAUAUAAUUAAUUCUACUAAAGUUAAAUCUUUUUUGAUACCAAUAUAAUAAUGAACACAUGUAAAUUGUUAAUGUAAUAUAUUUUAUACCAUUUUUAUCGUACAUUUGUUAAUUUGGCGUUAUACAUUGUAUUUUUUCUAAUAAAGGUAAGAUGGUUAAAAUUACUAGUACAUAUAUGUAAAAAAAUCAAAUGAAAUCACCUCAUAUCUCAUUUACUAAAAAAGUCAUGAUCAUAGACAUAUAUAAAUAUCAAGAAAAUGUCAUAACAGUAAUCACAAAAUAAAUAAACACUAAACAAUGAUUGAGAACAAGCAAAAAGUUUAUGUAUUGACUAUGUUAUUGCUGGUAGUGCUACUAUCGAUUUCUCAAAAUACGAAAGGUAAUGCAAAUGCUCCGCUUGCUCCAAUGUCAGAGGAAGGAUUCCUACCAAAUCCACUUCAGUGUGUAAACGAUGUUAGGAAAGUUCCAAAUUGCAUAGAUGCAGUGAAGAAAUUCCAGUUGAAAAUUAUCACAAAAGAAUGUUGCUUUGUUCUACUGAAAGCCCCGGAAGAUUGUCUUGGGAUGUUAUUUCCUGUGCGUUUUAUUAUUAAAAUUGUGCUUCAUAUUACAUGUAGGCUUAUAGGUAUACAUGGUUAAGAAUAUUUUUUUCUUAAUCCUAUAUUUUUAAACAUUCUACGUAACAACAAAAUUUACUCGUAUUAGUUAUGUUUUUUUAAUAAUAAUUUUGCUUCAAAUAUAAUGAACUUGCUAAUAAUGAUAUCAGCAUUAAAAUCAUGCUUAACCUUUUUGACCAUUUAUUUGUUUGUUUAUGUAUGAUGUUUAGUUUGCUGAAUCGAAAAAUCAUAAGUUCACAACCAAUGCUUUAGUUUGCUGAAUCCAAAAUUAAAUAAAACCAAACAUCAAAUCAAAGAUGUCAAUCUGAAAAGUAAUUAAAAAGAGAACACCAAAUCAAAACAACAAAUCACACUUCUUGUUCUUCAACUUCUUCAGCAACAAUCAAUUCAAAUGAUGGGAGUGUGUCUUCUUCAGCAUCAACUUCAUCUUCUGGAAAUAAUAAUAAUUCAACUUAGUUAAAGAUAUAUUGAAACAUAAAACUCCAAAAUAUAUGAUAUUGUGAACAAUUUACUAUGUUCAUAAGCUUUAUAUCGUUUUAGCCAAUUCCUAGUGCAAAUCAGAGCUUGCACAUUCUUGGAAUUACACAGCUCCUAUACUUAUUUAGAACUCACGAUCCAAUACUAAAAAAGGACUCCAAAGUUACGGUUGUUAUAGGAAUACUAAGCAGAUCACAAGCCAUUGCAGCCAAAUCACCAUACCGAUGAGUUAGAGUGUUAGACCCGAGAAUAUAAAUCGACAACAAAACAUGGUUGUAUAUCCUUACCUGUGACAUGCAUCGAUCGAAGGAGUCGCUCCAACCACCAUCGCUGAAGAACCCAUCGCCGGAGCUGGAUCUUUUUCUUUGGUGGAAAGUGAGUUCGCCCACUUCUUUUGGUGGCUUGAAGAAGCUCCAAUGGUGGAUAUCGAAGACACAUGGGAGACCAGAAGCAUCACCGACCCUCCCGUCACCGGAGCUCCAUAGGUUGUCGGUGAAGAUCUAACCCCUAAUCGCCUUUUCUGCUCUCUUUUCUCAUUUUUUUCAGGUGAAGAUCAGUUUGCGGGUCAUUAGAAUCCCGCAAGUCAACCUGCGGCCCAUCCUGCAUUAAGCCCAAUCCCGCACAGUCCCAGCCCGCAAGGCCCGCUCUUUUUGGGCUUAUCAUAUGCCGGCCCAAAUCCGCCCGCAGCAAUCUCUAAUGGGCCAAGCAUGCGGUCCAGGUCCAACAUUGCUAUCCCUAUCCAUAUUGUAUUAGGCUUGAGAAUCUUUAAUUAGAAAAUAAAAUUCCAUAAAAUUAUGAGAAAAUAUGUUUAAAAUAAGAUAUUGUAAUUAUCCAAAAGUAUAAUUAAAUAGCAUAAGUAUAAUUACAUAGCAUUUUAGGAAUUUUGAAAAUAAGAAAAAAUAAAGUUGUUUAAUAUCUUAAAGUAAGUACUUGCUUCGUAACUAAUUUUUUUAAUAAAAAAGUAUUAUAUAUUUUAAUAUUUUUAAAAAAAUUAGUUUAACUAACAUGAUCAAGAAAUAUAAAAUUUUGUGAAAUUGAGAUUUAUAUAAAAUGGAAUUACAUAUUGUUGAAUCACAUGUUUUAAAUAUAACAUAAUGCUAUAUAUUUUUAUUUCUAAAGUAUUACCUUUGUGAUACUAAAUUCCUUUUUGAUAUUGAUAUAAUUUUUAAAAGGUUAUCAAAAAAAAAUAGACAAUGUUAUAAUGGCAAUUAGUAAAAUAUGUUAUUCAUUAAAGAUAUCAUUGUAAUUGAUGACACAUAGAUAAAUGAUUUCUCAAAUAAUAUUAUAGACAUCUCUUUUAUCCAUUUUAUUUUGCGGAUUAUGAAGUUUAGUUGCAAGAUUUAUGAAAACAAAUAAAUGCUUUUACUUUCAUAAAAAAAUGAAUGCUUUUACUAGUCAGUAUUGUUAUCCACUACAUGAAAGAAAAUACCUCGUUUUGGCUUUCUUGAUAAAAGAGGCAUCUAUGGGAAGUCUGCCACUCAAGCCAAAAAGAAGAUUUGUGCGGUGUUGACUAUUUGUGCAGUGUUUACUAUUUCCAGAAACUCUAGGAUGAAAAAGUGAUGAAGACACCAAAGACAAGGUAUAUCAAUUCUUAAAUCGCUUGAUGAUUUGGUUUGCAAUAUAUAUAUUUGUUUGCAAUUGUUGAUUUAUAUCUUUGUUUCUUAAACCAGAUUGUCGAUCAGAAGGUGACGUGAAAGAUAUUCAGCAAAUGGAGCAUCCUCGUCCCAUACUUUGACUACAUGCACUGUCUCUCAUACUCGUCUCAUGUCAAUAUAUUAAGUCAGAUAAGUUAUAGAUUCUAAAGUGGGAUAACUGUAAAAAGGAGGAAGAAGAAGGCUAAGAGAAAUGCAGAGAUAAAGUUUCUCAAGCACUGGACUACUCGCAAAAAUAUCAAUCGACGACUAAAGAACUGUUGGCUUUCAACUUGAAUGGUGGGUUUAUAUAAGUUUAUAUCUUAGACGUUUAUGGAAGUUUAUAUCUUAGAAGUUUAUAUGUAGAUAUUUAUUAACAUGCUCAAAUUUAUGUUUACCUUACGUAUGUUUUUAUAGUUUGAAGAUAUAAACUUGUCUAACAAGAUCAAAUCAUUCAAAUUCGGAAACAUUAAAGUUAUAUGUAAUUGUUUGAUAAAUAAGACAUAUUAUGUAUCCCUUAUAUAUUAAAAGAGAAACAUUAUAAGUUUAUAACGUAUGAGAUAGUCAUGUGUCAUCACAACAAUAAUUCUUAAAAUCUUUAGAGAAAUAUGGUCCAUCUAAAUAUAUAAUAAGCUUUUAUUAAACUAACCAUAAAUUAAUUAUUAAUAUUAUUCAUUCUUUUUUAAAAUAAAAAUUACGGAAUUGUUUAAGUGGCUAAAGUAUAUAUAACAAUUUAUUGAUUUUGAGUAAUAAAAAUUUGUUAAAAAUUAGUGUAUCCUCUACCAAAAACAAUAUGAGUAAAAAACAUUAUUUAAUAGAUAUUAAUAUUUAAAAUAUACUAUAUAUAUACAUGUUAUUAUCAGUUAAAUUUUAUUAUAUAUCAUAUAAAAUAUAAAAAGUGUUUGUGUGGAUUAAUAAAAAAAAUGUUAUGUGUUCGUACUAAUUUAAUUAUAUACUAAUAGUUACUGAACUUUUAAUUAUUCUAUAUAUAUUUAUUAUUUCAUAAUAUGGAAAAUAAUAAGAAUGUAUAAUACGUAAAGAUAAUUUAUAUAAAAUGUUCGUCCCUCUUUAAUCUAAUUAAACAAUAACAGACAAAAACCACACAGAGAGUAAUCUGAAGUUAUAUGAACUGAUAUUAGAUGAGUGAAGACCAGAGACCAUUUUGUACACUAUCUUUUCUUCUUGGCACGACUGUUCAGAUGUAUUUGCUCAUCACAUAGAAGCCAGUAUAUUACAGGGGUUGUUAGGAAUCCAAUAUGAAUUAAUCAGCCACUUGGAAAAUAAGGGUAUAAAGAAACUAAAGAAGAAUGGAGUAAGUGUUGCUUACAUUUGGGACAUUUCUCGGAGUAUACAGCAUCCCAUAUCCUUCUAGCUGACGGCCCAAUAUAGCCAGUGUACCGUUCAUGAUUCAGCCCAAGAUUAAUAUAUGUCAUUUCAUCUGCAGUCAUGCACUUGUUCAUCAAAAACUGAGAGAUAAAG